AUGGAUGCAAAAGGAAGUAAUAACAGUACAACUCCUGAAGCUAAUAGUACUAUUAUUGCUACAUCUGAAAAGAGAGUACAGCAUGUGGGCAAGAAAUCAUCAGAUGAGCUGCUGAGGAAGUUUGCCGAGGUGGGUUCUGCUUCAGAUGACAAGAAGGAGCUCCGGUUGGCGAAGAGGAUGAAGAGGAGUAGUAAUGUGAAGGCUAUGAAAGCUGGGAUUUUUAGUCAGGGAAGAAUGUAUGUUGAUGAUGGCGAUCAGGGAUCUGGUUUAAACGGUGCAAUUGUUGAAAGGAAGUGUCUUUUGCCCCCGGUACCGGUGCCGGCAUCAUCCCGGAAGACGUCGGCGGUGGUGGUGGUUAGGAGGUUGAGGGUCAGGGAUAUCAAGCAUAAAUACAUCUUUGGUGUUAUCGGGAAGACUUGGCGCAGAACGGUGGAGGGUGCUUCGAGAGUGUUUAUGGAGAAACAUUAUAACCGGCACAAACGUCUGGCAAAUGAAAUGUUCUAG